CGUGUUGAACAUUUCAUGUAAAAUCAAAUAUUCUAAUUGUCAAGUCUUUAUCCAGUUUAGCACAAUAGCUACUUUUGGGGAUGCUAUAAUAGCUGGUCCAGUCGCAAUUUCACUUAUGAAUUACGCCCUUAUAGUUUCUUAUCAUCCUCAACAAUAUCGACUUCUUAAAUCAUAUAAGCUAGCAAACUUUUUCGGAUUGAGACCAGAUUUUCUUGAUUUUAAUACGUUUGCAAUUAGCACAGCUAGUAGCCCCUUACAAUCGGACGAAAUUUACCCUGAUCUUGCUAGAGAGCUUUACGACGGUUUAUUUGUUUUACGAAAAGAUGCACGUAUUAGAGAAAUCAAGACUGAAGUAAUGCAACACACUGUAAUUUCGUCUAUUGCUCUGGCUGGUGGUGGUUAUAGCGUACUUACAGGAGUAUACGUCCUAUUAUUUGGGAUGUCAAAGGUAUCUCCUUGGGGAAUUGCUCAUAUUAUUCCAAUGUACGUCAAACGCAAGCAACAAUCUAAAAAAAACGACGAAGAGAAUGCUGACUCUAUAAAUGAGAAAAUCGAGGAAGGCGCUAGGAACAUAUUCAAAUUGAAUUCUUUGCCAGGCAAAAAGUUUACUCCUCUCGAUCCAACGGAGAUGUCAAAUCCCUAUUCAAAUGUUUCAGAGAGCAUACCACAAGAAGCGUCUUUCAUGCUACCAACUCAUAUCGACAUUGAUGAGAGUAAUACAGUAACAAAGAGUGUAUUACUAAAUAAUAAAUGUGAAACGUCAAGUAAACCGAACAAUAUAAAAGAAAAUCAAGACAGCAAAGAAUUGAUUAAACUUAGAAAAGAAACAGCGAUGUUAGCAACUGAGAUGAAGGAGUUAAAAAUAAUAUUAUCAGAAUAUUUCAUAGAUACAAAGUAUAUGGAUCAGCUACGUUUUAAAAAGAAGCCUACCUCGUCUUCUGACGACCCAGAGUUAAUUUUUAAUUAAACUCAUAGCGUGUAACGUUAGUUAUGUAACACAAUUACAUAUAAUUCUAACUAGUUUUAUGUCAAUAAAAACCAUGGUGCGCAUGAUU